AUGCACGCCGUUUUCCUCCUCCUCGCCUGUGUUUCCUCCGCCUUUGCUUACUCCGUCAUCGUCCCCAACGCAUCCCAGGGAUGGACAAAUCAAGGCGCACAAACUCUUACCUGGCAGCGUGUUGAGUCCGACAGGCUCAACUUCACCGCUCUCCUCACCAACCAGCGGGUCCAAGGUUACGAGCCCCAGGUCCUCUCGGCUCUCGUCGAUGGUACCCUCGGCACUGUUAACUUGAACCCUCCCAGUGGGGGUUGGCCUACCGGAAGCGGCUUCCGCCUCAACCUCGUUCAGGACGCCAACAACCUCAAUGCCAUUCUCGCCCAGUCUCCCGAGUUCGCCAUUGCACCAGCCAGCACGACUUCUGUGAGAACGACUGCCGCUACCACAAACACCAUUGCAACUCCAGCCACCACCACCACGGCGGCUAGUGAUCCUACCACAAGCGACACUCUCACUCUACCCACCACUGGAACGGGUGGUGCCUUGGCCAGCUACUCUGCGAACACUGGGUUUCUUGCCCUCUUCUCGCUUCUGGGCUUCAUCCUCGCCUAA